CUGUCUUACUGGUCUAAAUCAUUCGACCUGAGAGCGCGUGAGCGCAACUACACAGCCUACGCUACUGUUGCGUCCAGCUUUCCUCCCCAUUCACCUAUACUCAGAUGUAAACGUUCAUUCUAGUGAUGGCGCCGAUGCUGUAACAAAGUGGCAUUUUAAAAAAUCGAUUAUUUCUAGCAGGAAAUGCUGCACACAGGAAAAGUGCUUACAAUUGAUUUCUAGUAUUUUUUUUGGCUGCCAACGUCAGGAUGGGAUCCCACGCAAAAUCAGCGAAUAAGAAGGCCAAGGAAUCUAUCAACUGCCUCAAAUCAAACUUUUCAUAUUGUUUAGUCGGGCUGUUAAUUGUCUUUUGUAUCAUGCUGUCGGUGUGUUCUAUGGCGUUUUGUUUUUUGGUCAACUUCAAGACAUCUUACCUGGAGUACAGAGUGCAUACAUUGGAGAUGGAGAGAAUGUUCCUGAUCCAUCCCGAUGCAUCCGCGCAGGAUGAGAAUGGAACAGUACCUGGUCUCCAGGAUAUCAUUGAAAAAAUUGUGCAAGAGAGACUGACCAUAGCACUGCCCAAACUUCGCACUGCCAGGGAGGUCAUUCAAGAGUGCUCCUGUCCUCCAGGGCCUCCAGGAAAACGAGGAAGGCUGGGAAGACAAGGCGACCCUGUACAUUCGCACAUCUCCAUAAAAAGCAGCCUUCUGUCUCAUGACCUGACUCCACUCGACUUCAGUCCUUGA